AAAGUGCGAAUGCCGGAGUUGGUGCGGAAGCAUAAAACACAGAAACCACCGCAGCAACACAAUCGCCACAAAUACCAUCACCACCACCACAUGUCGCAUCAGCAUUACCAUAAUCCUUACAAGUCGUUCCACCAACAGCCCUACCUGCCAGUACAGUACAGCCCAGCAACAUAUCAGUCAGUAAAACAUAGCCGAAGGGCAGUAAAGUCAACGCCACCUUUACCGCCACCACCAGCACCUUAUCCUCCCAUGAGGAUGACACAUAAUCACCUCGAUAUGGGACCACAUGGCGAUGAGUUUCACGCUGGCGAUAUGCCUGACCACCUGUUGUAUACACCCGAUGCGCCGCAACCAAUGCCAAUAGCCAACUAUGGACCAGCUUUGUUUGGCAACAGUGAUGCUUAUACUGGUGGGGUGGCAGCAGACGGAGACAACGGUACAGAUAAUAAGCAACAAAGCCAUGCGACGGUCAGUAUGAUGCCUUUGGCUGACGGAACACAGCAACUAAUGCAACAUAUGGAACUAAUGAGCGCUUUGGCAGCAGCAGCGGCGGCAGCAGCAGGUGGUGGGGCUGGUGGGGUGAGCGAUGAGGAGGAUGAUGCUGGCGGCGGAGGUGCUGGUGUCGGGAUAAGUGAGACGAACACACUCUUGGCUGAUGACUUUUUGGCCGAUUUGCAACGUGCAUAUGCCAACGGUAAAUAUCCAAUAACAACAGCAACAACACAUUUGCGACCCAAGAAGAAAAAUCGUGGUGUGGGGGUGGUAGGCGAAACUGACGACGCUGCUGUCGCAUUUCCAUUAACCGUGUCGCAACAGAGACAGCAACAACAAAAAUUGCAACUUAUGCGACAACAACAACAGCAACAACAUCAAUUCCAUGGCGUAAAUUACUUUACGCCACCAAAGGCAAGGCCGCAAGCGCAAAUGCUGCGCCCCCCGUUGGCCGGUAGCAACAGCAACAGCAACAGCAACUACAACAACAAUUACAACUACUAUCAACAGCUCGCGCAAUACAAAAGCAAGAAGCAACAUCAUUACAACAACAACAACAAUGACAUAUAUAGCACAGCAGCAUCGGACGAAGACAACGAAGGCUACGCAGAUGACGAGCCGAACGAUAGCAAAAACAACGAGAACAAUGAAGACGAAGACGACAGCGAUGAUGAUGUAUCACUGUUCUUUUCAAAUCGGCCAACCACUUCCACCCUCCCCUCAACAGCUGCUGCUGUCAUCUUCAGCUCGAAUGACUACGACGAUAACGACGACAUAAAACUCACAUACAAUAGCAACAACAAGAACUACAAACACAACUACUUCGAAGCAGUUGACGAAGGUGUUAAUCCAGUUAGUUUCCAGCCGACUACAGGCCAUGGCGCAGCAGCUUUUGCAGUCAGUCAACCGACGUCAGCAACGGCAGUGACGCGUCUCAAAAUGCGCCCAUAUCGACAAUUGCAACAGCACCGUUACACCUCCCAACAAAAGCCAUUUGGGAUUUUAGGUCAGCAACAACAGCAACUGGUCACCACAACACAACCAAUUAACGUCAUUGGUCCCACUGCAAAUGACUUUGAUGACCAGCAGCAACAGCAACAGCACAAACACCAUCUCCAUCACCACCAAGAGCAACUACCGCCACCGCCUUCCGCAACAGCACAACAGCAACAACAACAACACAAAUUUACGGUGUCACCAGCAACACGCUACAAGAAACGCAAAAACCGCAUCAAAACGAAGCCAAAUCGAAAUCGCAUUCUGACGCAUUAAUUACUUUGGCUACAGCGCAAACGGCCAGACUCCUGCUUACUACUCGCCUUUUGCUCCGCUCAAGCGAGGUCAGCUAUGACCAGCUGAAUAACUUCGUUUGCCGUCUACUUAACUAUUCGAAUCUCCAAAGACUAGUGUGCUCCACACGCUCCUGUCGUCACCAUUCUAUAGCCAAUCUGGUCUUGGCACGUUAGUCGUUAUUAGCAGAGUUGCGUCGUUGGUAAUUGGAACUUCCCGUUCGAGCUCAUAUUCCCAUAUUCCCCUAAAGAUGUUAUAUACAAAUGUGUGUGUGUGCUUUCUGUGUGCGAAUGGAAGGAGAGAAAAAGCAUAGAUUCCUAACUUGUUUAGCUCAUCACAGAUACAGCCUGGUUAAGUUGAUUUACGGUUAGUCAGUAAAUAAUCACAUUUACCGUUAAGUUAAAUAUGUUGUCCUCAAAACGCAAAUAUGUAACUUUGAUAAUAAAGCAACACGCAAAGUUCAUUAUGGAUUUUGUUCAAAUUUUUUGUAGGGAACCGCUGAGCAAACAUUUAUGUUAGAUCUUUCUAGUUGCCGUAUCCCAAAUGCAAUGCGCUAGGCAGCGAAGGCCAAUACAUCCGAGGGAGCUACCUAGAGGAAAGCCAGAUUCAACUGGAAACUCCUCAGUGAUAAAUUCUGAUCGCUUUACGGUGAACCGCCUUUAAGACAGACAUACCUAAAAUAUAUUAGAUAAACUAAUUCGG